GACAGCAGAGCAGGCGACAGCCAGCCCAGCUCCCAGCACGGCCAGCACCAACCCAGUGGCUUCUGCCUCAGAAACCACUGCACCCAGCCGUUCAUCCACACCAGGCAGCAGCACGGGGACACCAGCACCUCAGCACUCCUCCACAGCCCAGGGACAGUCCCCAGGGGAGGUGACAGUCACUUCACCUCCCACGGGGAGCCCCUCGCCCUCCGCAGCCACAGCCUCUGCAGGCAGCAGUGCCACGACUCCUCCUGGAGAAUGGCAGAGUUCCACCAUGUACCAGGGGGACACAACAACUGAGCCCACUGCCAACACCUCCCAUUCCCUCCCUUCCACAUCCUUGGCAACCCCAUCCACGACCAACCUCAGUAUAUCAACAUCUGUUCAUCCUUCUUUUACUAAGACUUGCUCUCCCAUCACUUUGUCCAUCCAGCUGCAGAAGGUGACCAGCAGAACGAUCCAGUUCAGCUGGAGGCCUCAAGGUGGCACAGCAGACAGUCCUUACAGAGUGCGGCUGCUGGGAAAACCAGGAGGAGUGGAUGAGAGGAUCCUAAAUGAAACGAGCACUGCGUUUGAAAAUCUGCUUUCUGCUCAUCAGUACCAAAUAUCCGUGGGUGUUUCAGCUUGCUCUAAGAAUGUCAACGCCUCCCUGACGGUUCAGACAGCUGCUGAAGUCUACAAUGGAACCACUAGGAUUAUCAGUGAAAAUUUCAAGGCUGGAUAUGAGAACAAAUCCAGUACAGAAUUUAAGGAGUUUGAAAAGAAGUUCAUUAUGGAGACAACCCAACAUCUGCCACAGAAGAUACAAGAAUUAAAAAAUGGAACAAAAAUACGUAUUGUAAUUAAUAGCAUCAAGAAUGGCAGUGUGAUUGUGAUCUUUAAGAUCGUGUUGGAUGUUGGACAAAAUAUAACAAAAUCAGAGAUUUCAGAUGCUUUUACAGAGGCCCUUAACAGGAGCACAGUAUUUAAAGUUGAUCUUAAAAAGACUUUUAUAGAAGCAAGAAACAGCUGUCAGCCAGGUUUAAAUGACUGUGACAAAAAUGCUGCCUGCACUGCUGAAGGAGCAACUUAUUCCUGCCAGUGCAACAAAGGAUUCACUGACACAAGUCCUCAAGUUCCAGGGAGAGUUUGUCACCAGGAUCUACCUUCACAACACACAACUUCAGUCCCUCCAAAAACCAAUACAACUGGAUUUACAGGAACUACAUCUAAUUCCGUUUUCACUACCACAUUUGCGUCAGCACCUUGCAUGACAGUGUCCAUCAAAGUUCAGAAUGUGACUGAAGAAGAAAUACAGCUCAGCUGGAGCAGCAGCAGCAGCAAAGGCAGCCUCUACAACAUCUCUGUCAAGGAUGGAAAGGAGAUUCAUACAAUGACUACAAACGAGACAAAAGCUGUGUUUAAAAACCUGCUUCCUGGCCAUGUGUACACCAUUUCUGUGGCCCUGUCAUCCUGUGCUGAGAACAAUCCUGCUUCAGUCACUGUCCGAACAGAUUCUGGUUCCUGUUUCAGAAGACCUGAGUUUUGUUUAGCACAAAGUACUGGCUGUUCUGACUUAAAAGAUAUUGUGUGCUCAAAUAACCAAGCGUUUGCCUGCAGUGUUAGGUUAAAAAACGAGACAUUUAGUAAUACACUUUAUAACUCUGAGAGUGAUGACUACAUAAAAAGGUCUGAAAGUUUCAAAGCAAAGGUUGUUAAAGCAAUGCACGCUGAACUGGGCAAUGACCACUCUGACAUUUUUGUGCUGGACUUCAGACCUGGCAGUGUGAUUGCUGAUUUUCUCUUUCUGCUGCCAAAAGAAGAAGCCACGGAUGUGGGUGAUAUACAGACCCGCCUCAGUAAUGUGUUAAGGAGGGAGUUUGGGAGCCAAGUUGAAGUGCAAACUCUGGCUGUUCAGUCAUCAACUGACAACAGCUCCUCCUGGAGAGUAGCAGUGAUUGUCCUUGGAGUUUUACUUGGAGUGGCAUUAGUGCUGAUUCUGCUGGCAAUACUGUUUUACAUCUGUGUGAGGAGAAGAUCAGGUAUGGAAUUUUCCCCAUUGUACACGUGAUAGAGUGAGGAACAAAGAAACUUCUCUUCAGCCUAUCCCCUGUAGGUACUGCAAUGACUCUUAACACUGGCAAUCUAGAGAGACAAGACCCAAACCACUCAAUACUGUAUUUAGGUGACACUGAAAAGAGGGUGCCUGAGCCUGGUAGCUGUGGCAGGUCACCUGAAUGCUCAGCUGAGCCCAGAGUCAUCCUGUUGAGUUUUGUGCACUUGCCCAAGGGUGAUUCACCUCUCCUGAGACUUUUAUAAUUGUAUAAAAUUAUAUACAUAUAUAUAUAUGCCUUUUUCUCUCCUGUGACUGCAGAAUGAGCCCAGGGUAAUUAGCGUUCCAGCAUAUGCAGCUUGAUUAGGAAUUUGGAGCAAAAUGGGAUACAUCUCAGUUAUAUGCACUUGCUGUAGAAGUCUGGUGAAACAGAAACUUGAUUUGGAGGCUUCUGAGUUCAAGGUUUCUUUAAUUGCUGGGCUAUGAAGAAAUAACUGCUUAUAUGUGUCAAAUGUACAGCAUGCUAAAUACAGCUGUGCUUUCACAGCAUAGUCUCAGAGGUGGGGAAGGCAAACAUUAGGUUAAUUUGAGCCAAAAGUAUUUUACUCACCUAUUUUUGCCUGUCAAAAAUGGUUGGCUGAGCAAGGAUGCCAUAUAGUGCAAUUUUGUCCUGCUCUUUAUAAUCCCAAAGUAGAGUCCAGCCCAACAGAAGCAGCUCCUGUGGCAUUGGAGCAGACCUUGCUUCAGAUUUCUUCUAUUUGCUUUAGAGCAAUUAGAAGAAAUGACUUUUACCAUUUCCCACCACUCUUCACUGCAGUCCUGGUGAAGUUCUGUUUCUGCUGUGGUGCAGUUUUUCCUGCUUGGAAUGUGCUGAGCAGAUGACAGAGGGGCAGUUUACUGCUGCACACAUUUCCAGCAGGAUUUAUGAGUUUUACUUCAAACCAGCUCUCCCUGUAUCUGUAUAUUUUGCCAGUCUGCCUACGUUUGGAAUUCCUGUUGAGGCACUGAGUAUUAACCCAUGAUGCUGAGGCCCUGGCUCACAGCCCCUGAACACCCCUGGUUUUUGGGGAUUAGGUUAUUUGGCACAGAUCAGAGUACAUUGGUGCCAGAACUGCAGCACAAGCAGAGUGGAGGUGCACAAGCAGCUCUGCUCUGCUCCCUGUGCAGCCACAUUCAUUCUUCUCAUCCCUCCUUCCCUGUGCUGUAACACAGCUCCUGGGACAGCCCUGCUGAGGACCCUGUCUGGAAUAUUAUUUUUAGUAGCAGGGACCUAUGAAACAGGGUCUUGCAUGCCUUGCUCUCCCUUUCCUUCCAUGUAGGGUCAACUUGUCUGUCCUGAUUAAGAUUUGGGGUGUGGAGUCACAGACACCUCACUGAUGGGGAGAGAGUGAUUAGUAUUUGUUAAACUUAUAUUUUGUGGCUUUUAAAUAUAGCUACUGGUGUUCUGCUCACUGAGCAGUCACUCAACAAUGUAUUCUGUCAGUAAAUAAAAGUUCUCCAGGGAGCUCUGUUGAAAAUACAAGUGAAUGUUCUCAGUUAUGUUAAUACUCUUUUAUUUCUGUUUUGAGGGAUCUACUUUGAAUAGCAAAUCCUCAUUGUCAGUAAACCUUUCUGAUGUCCUUGUAAAUAGUGGUAAAUAGUGUUAAUGUACAGCAGGCUUGAACAAUCCUGGGACUGUUCAUGCAAAAUGUAUUUAAUGUCUUUGGGGAAAAAAAAAAAGUGGUAUAUUAAACAAUUUUCUCAAAUAUGCUUAACAAAUAAAAUCUUUAUUUUUACAAUGGUGCAUUCCGAAGGAAUCUGCUGUUCUUGUUUUGUCAUGCAAUUUGGAGCCACUUCUACCUGCAGGAGGGGAGAGGGUGGCCAGUGUAGUCAACAACAGAGCUGACCUUGGUAUGAUUACAUAGAAGGAUGAUCUCUUGGAGCUAAAUCAAACAAGAGAGAAGAUCUAGUGAAUCUAUCCUUUUUUUACCUUCUACUUCAAUAAAACCCCCUACUAUCACAGUGUGU